ACACCGGCUGGCGGCGUCUCCGCAGAAUAACGAACGACGUUCACUUGUUUGCCUACACCCACCGAGCGGUCCCAGAGGAAGUACCGUUACCGAGCAAGAGUCAGCUUCUGUCGAGCCGCUUUUGUUGUUUGUACCAAGCCUUCUAGUUCAAGUCCGGUUUGUGCAGUUUCCCCUGGAAAAAUGUCCAAGUUGAUGGUUUUUCUCGCCGUUCUGGCCGCUGCCCACGCACAGGCCGAGCACGACCACCACAGCCAUGAGGAACACAGGAUUAGUGUUGCAGUGUACUAUGAGGCCCUUUGUCCUGACUCAAUAAAAUUCUUCACCAAACAACUCUACCCAACUCUGAUUGACCCCAAUCUUGGACACUACAUCAAUUUGACUUUGGUACCCUACGGAAAAUCAACAACAACCGAUGACAAUGGUCAGAUCAAAUUCGACUGCCAUCAUGGAGAGGGUGAAUGCAGAGGAAACAAGUUGCAAGCCUGUGCCCUUAAGCAUAUCGAAGAUGGCAAAAAUUCCGAAGGUCUGGGAUUUAACAAAAUGACAGCAGCCUUCAUAAACUGUCUCAUGGGAACCGUGGAGAGAAAGGCCAACGAUACCAAGUACCCAACAGAAAGCUGUGCUCAGAUGAGCAACGUCACAAUUGUACCUGCCCUGGAAAAAUGCCAAGGGGAUGCUGAAGGUUCAUCCCUUCUGAAAGAACUGGGAGAAAUCACUAACAAACUGAACCCAAAACUGACGUCUGUACCUACCAUCGUUUUCAACAACGAGCAAAAAGAGGAGGAAUCCAAACUGGCCAACGAUAACUUCGUGAAGGCACUCUGCAAACAUAUCCAGGGAACCAAACCGAUGGUUUGCAACGGAGCCGCAUUCUUGGGGCUCAACAGCCUGUUGGUUCUCUUCGCUUUAGUCAGCUAUUUCUUCUGAACUUCCAUAACAAAUUGAUGUCAUCCAUUCGAUCGCUAAAUUUUCGACCAAAAUUUUCCGAAAGACUCUGAAUGCCUUCGAACAAGUGGAGAUUAUUUUUAGAUAGUACGUUUUCACUUGAAUAACUGAAUUUUAUUAGAGUCCAUCCCCUAUGUCUAGGUUUAAUUGUUUGUACUUAACAUAUUCCGUAAAUCGUACAUAUCCCAGUACUUAACAGUUUUCGAAUAAUGUGGUUGAAAUGUCGGUGUCUUAAAUGUAGGAUUAGAAUGUACAUCAGCUUAUUUUAGAUUGUUUUUUAACGUCUUGCAUGUCCAAAGGCAGUGCCAUUGAAAGGAAUAUUUAAAAUCUACCUCAGUGGUAAAGCCAUUGUGCUAUGGAUACGCAUACAUAGAUUUUGUCAAAAUAUUUGUGAUAAUAAUAAAUCGGUGGUACCUAUUUUAUUACAAAUUCAUUUCAUGCCAAAGUCGGCUAUAAAGUAAUUCAUGAUCUAUCUUUGAAACCUUUAAACUCCAAAGUAUAUAAGCUUCACUGCUUUAGAUGUGCAUACUUAAAAGUGGGUGUGAUAAACCUAUAAAAAGGUCAUUUUUAGAAUUAAUUACUAUUUACUUCAGCAGAUAAGUCUUUUAUAGUUUCAGAUUGAUAGUUUUUAUAAUUAUGUAUAUGAGAUUGUAAGGAAUUAUAAAAUUUCAAAUAAAAUUCUUAAUUUA